UUAUAUUCUGAAAAUUAUGAAUUUGCAUAAAUAUCCACGGUCUAAUCAUCAGAAUAUCUGGAAUGUGGCUCUGGUAAUUCUUUCGUGCGAAACAUGGCUAUGAAUUCCUAUACACGUAAUUCUUACGUUCUAAGUAGUUCGGCAGUUGUACAACGGUUCUCUACCCUCGAUAUUCGCGUAAAUCAUGCUUCAAUACUGAAUUGGUAUUAUCGUCGAUCGUUCUUUGCUGAAAAUAUCGCUGAAUAUUGCCGUCCACUGCUUUUAAUCCGAAAUUUGAAACUUGCUAACGUCUGACGUUGCAAACCGACCGUUAACCCAUAUCUGAAUAUGUUCGAAACUGGUACGACCGUACACAAUUCGAUUGGUUAGAGAACCUAAGUACUUUUGAUGUUUACAAAGUAUGGAGUAACAUGGCCGCCAGUUCUCGACGCGUACGGAACCAGUUUCAGUAUGAAACCGGUUUGGAACUAGUUUCCAUUGGUUUUUCGGCCCCCUGCAAGACCGUGCCACGACCGAGAUUGGCACUCGUGUCGGACUUCUUUCAGAGAUUAGAACGGAGGUUACGUUACGAGAGUGUGCUAAUAUGGCCGAUAUUACAGAACAGAAAGGGGAAAACUUCGAUGAACAAAUGGAAAUCAAAGUGGAACCGACGCUGCAAGGGUAUGUUGAAGAGGAACACGAAAACGAUUUUCCCAGUUCUGACAGUAACAACGUAAUUCCUUCUAGUGCUGAUGUCGGUGCUUUAAAUUUAUGGACCAGUAAGGCCACCGCGUGUCUUAUUAGCCAGUAUAAGAAAUAUCAUUCGAAGGUAGGACAGUCGACUCAGAUUCGAAGUUUACGUGAAAUGUUCGAGAUGAUCUCUCUCGAGAUGCAAAAGCAUGGCUUUUACUUUAGUCCGCAAAAGUGCGAGAACAAAUGGCGUGUUCUCGAACGAAAGUACAAGAAUCUUGUGUUUCGAGAGCUUUUAAAAAAACCCGGUAGAAUGAGACAUUACGGACAAUGGGAACACAAAAGGGCGUUGGAUGAAAUUUUUAAAGAAAAGAAGAAACACAUGUAUUUGGAGGAAAGUGAUUUUCCGCCGCCAUCCGGUUCCGCGAGAUAUAUGUUUAUCUUACCAAAAUCUAUAAACGAGGAACAGAGCAAUAUUAGCGCCGUCAAUCAGCAACAGGAGGACCCUCUUGCGGCGCCGUCCUCGAACUCUUCUACAAACAACAAGAGCGAAGCGAUGGAUCAGAAGGAAACCCCAACGACGCUUUUCGACAAAUUUCUCAACGAGAUGGCAAAACAUUUCGCGAUUGCGGAAAAAAAUAGAGAGAGGAGGCAUAAAGAAGAAAUGGCGAUGCGGCAAAGCGAGUUGGAAGUUCAAAAAAGACUAUUAAAAUUAAAAGAACAGAAAAUGGAGUUACAGAAAUGUCAAAUCAUCGCUGCUGCGCAGCAUUUACAUUUGAACAUGUAACGAAAACACUUGAAAACGUUGAACGAAACGAACCUUCUAAAAAGUCAAAUUUAAGAACGAGUGAUUCUAAAUUUAAGUUCAAUAUAGAUUUUUGUUAUAUCGUUUUUAUAUAGGAUAUUUUGUACGAAUAGAUCUACCAGAAUAAUAUAAAAACGACUUAAUUAUUACAAUAUGUAUACAUAUUUACGUCUACUUUUUAGUGUAUGUACACUGUACACUUUCGUCAAUGUGUUAGAUCGUGAUUGCUCACUAGUUGCGCGAAACAACCUUCAGGUGGUAGCACCUACCAUCUUGCCAGUUCUAUAGCUGUAUAUCAUUAGGUAAUCGAUGUACGCGAGUUCUGUUUUUUCGACUGUCGAACCGUACAAAUCUGGUUGUUCACGUGUUGUUAGCGUUUUUCCGUUUCAAGUUUUCAAAACGAUCGACUAAACGAAUUGUAAAUUGUUAAUCAAGGAUAAUAGAUCAAAAGGCCGACACGCUGUCCUACAAAGUUGUAAUACGAUGAAAAGAGUUUAAAAAUUGUUCUGUUUGUAGAAAUCCCGUACAAGCGAGUUUAUAGAAGAAGUGCAUGUAUCUCAUACGCUAUACAUACGUAUAUGUACUCGUGCAUCAUGUUACAUGGCGCAAAGAUGUGUUGGAGUUUGGUUUUAUUGUUAAAAGUUACAGGGCGGUUGUUCCUGUUCGACGUUAAGGAUUACUAUCGUUAUGUAUGCUGCCUCGUGCUCCUAAUGACUCAAUUUAUUAAGCGGCGGUUCAAAAGAUUGCCUCCCUAGGCUUCGUCGCAUUGAUAUUGCACCUUCAAAGGAUCAUGCAACGCGUAGGGCUCGACAGAGAUUUAUAGCGGUUAAAUGCAAUUUCAUUAUUCUAUCUUAUCGGAUUAACACAGAUCAAGUCCUGCACUUUCAUUUUAUUUAUGGAUGUUCCGUGCAAAUGUGGAUCAUAAAUUAUAUCAACUCUCAACGGAAAUAUAAUGAUAAUACGACAGAGACGAAAUUGUUUUGUGACAUUACGCAUCGUGAAUUAUAUUUGAAACAAACAGAA